UUUGCCUAUCUAGCUAUCAUUUGUGAAUGCAGACAGGCAGGGGGCGUGCAAAGGCCACCGGAGAGCAGAGCUGUAUCUGCACAGGCUGAGGCUGCUGGCAGAGGAAAAGUGAUCGUGGCAGAGGAGAGAUGUAGCAGCGCUGCUCGGUGGGACUCUGUGGCCAGCCGUCUGUCACUUUUUAAAAAAAACACAACAGAAAUUGUUUUUGUCAGACAUUACCGUGAAUGGGAAUGAUUGAAUGCAUCUUAUAGCACAGUGGCGCCGUGUGAAUGUGUCGCGUAAUGCGACCGAGAAGGAUUGCCUCUCGUGGGAAAUAUUUAUGUUUCGGGACGGUUUUGUUGGAGUAGCUAGUUGCUAGCGCUGGGCUAGCGACUGUGCUGGCUACUUGGAACGUAUUCUGCAAGGAUGCUUCGGUGGAUACGACAGCAGCUGGGCUUUGACCCCCCUCAUCAGAGUGAUACCAGGACAGUGUACGUAGCUAACCGUUUCCCCCAGAAUGGCCACUACAUACCACAACGCUUUGCUGACAACAGAAUCAUCUCAUCCAAGUAUACAGUUUGGAAUUUUGUCCCCAAGAAUCUGUUUGAGCAGUUCAGAAGGAUAGCAAACUUCUACUUCCUCAUUAUCUUCCUUGUACAGUUAAUGAUAGAUACGCCAACUUCCCCAGUAACCAGCGGCCUGCCUCUGUUCUUUGUGAUCACAGUAACUGCCAUAAAACAGGGCUAUGAGGAUUGGCUGAGACACAAGGCUGACAAUGAGGUGAAUGGGGCUCCAGUGUUUGUGGUUCGCAGUGGAAGUCUGGUCCAGACGAGAUCCAAGAAUAUCAGGGUGGGAGACAUCGUCCGUGUGGCUAAAGAUGAAACGUUCCCAGCAGACCUGGUGUUACUGUCGUCAGAUCGUCCAGAUGGCACCUGUCACAUCACCACAGCCAGUCUUGACGGAGAGACCAAUCUCAAGACCCAUUACUCUGUGCCUGAGACAUCAGUGUGCCAGUCAGUCUCCCAGCUGGAGGCAUUGCAGGCUGUGGUGGAGUGUCAGCAACCAGAAGCUGACCUGUACAGAUUUGUUGGUCGUAUGACGGUGACUCAUCAUGGGGAGGAGAUAGUUAGACCGCUGGGUCCAGAGAAUUUGCUGCUGCGAGGGGCCAGGUUGAAAAAUACCAAAGAAAUUUUUGGUGUGGCUGUUUAUACAGGCAUGGAGUCCAAGAUGGCACUAAACUAUAAGUGCAAGUCCCAGAAACGCUCUGCCGUAGAGAAGUCCAUGAAUACCUUCCUCAUCAUCUACCUGAUCAUCUUGCUGUCCGAGGCCAUUCUCAGCACCAUCCUAAAAUAUGCCUGGCAGGCUGAGACCAAAUGGGACGAACCUUUCUAUAACCAAAAGACAGAAGCAGAGAGAAACAGCAGUCCGAUCUUAAAGUUCAUCUCAGACUUUUUGGCUUUUCUGGUGCUCUAUAACUUCAUCAUCCCUAUCUCACUCUACGUUACUGUGGAGAUGCAAAAGUUCCUAGGCUCUUUUUUCAUUGGCUGGGAUUUGGACCUUUACCACGAGGAAAGUGACCAGAAAGCUCAGGUCAAUACCUCUGACCUCAAUGAAGAGUUGGGACAGGUGGAAUAUGUGUUUACUGAUAAGACGGGCACACUAACAGAAAAUGAAAUGCAGUUCCGCGAGUGUUCAAUUAAUGGAACCAAGUACCGGGAAGUUAAUGGCAAACUGAUACCAGAGGGAAUGACAGACGACUCACCAGAUGGUUCUAUGCCUCCCCUGAUGGGUGACGAAUUGUUAUUUCUCAAGGCAGUGUCACUUUGUCACACAGUUCAGAUCAGCUACGACCAGUCAGACUGCCUGGCUGUAGGAGGAGACCCAUUCUCCCAUGCCAAUGGGUUCUCUUCCAGUCCCAUGGAGUACUACGCCUCUUCACCGGAUGAGAAAGCUUUAGUAGAGGCAACAAAAAGGAUUGGAGUGGCCUUCACUUGCAGCAAUGGAGAUACCAUGGAAAUCAAAACUUUUGGCAAGUCUGAAAAGUAUAAACUGCUCCAUGUACUCGAGUUUGAUCCUAACCGCAGGAGGAUGAGUGUCAUACUGCAAACUCCUUCAGGAGGCAAAGUGCUGUUCACCAAGGGGGCGGAGUCUGCCAUUUUGCCUUUCACGACUAGUGGUGAGAUCGAAAAGACAAGGCUGCACGUUGAUGAGUUUGCUUUGAAAGGUUUGCGAACCCUGGUCGUAGCAUGCCGCCACUUCAGUCCGGAGGAGUACAUCGAUGUGGACAAGAAACUAAACAGUGCCCGCACCGCGCUGCAGCAGAGGGAGGAGAGACUGCAGGAAGCCUUCAGCUACAUUGAAAAAGACUUGCAGCUCCUGGGAGCAACAGGAGUGGAGGACAAACUUCAGGACAAGGUCCAGGAGACCAUUGAGGCUUUGCGGCUCGCAGGAAUCAAAGUAUGGGUGUUGACAGGGGACAAACAUGAGACGGCAGUCAGUGUAAGCCUGUCCUGUGGCCACUUCCACAGAACCAUGAACAUCCUGGAGCUCCUGCAGCAGCACUCUGAUAACGAGUGUGCUGAGCAGCUCCGCACACUGUCCAGGAGGUUAAGGGACGACCAUGUCAUACAGCAUGGAUUGGUUGUAGAUGGAGCUAGUCUGUCUUUAGCAUUGAGGGAACACGAGAAGCUCUUUAUGGAAGUGUGUAAAAACUGUUCAGCUGUGCUGUGCUGUCGGAUGGCCCCACUGCAGAAAGCUAAGGUUGUGCGUCUUUUAAAGACCUCUCCAGAAAAACCCAUCACCUUAGCUAUUGGAGAUGGAGCCAAUGAUGUCAGUAUGAUACAGGAAGCCCAUGUGGGCAUAGGUAUCAUGGGGAAGGAGGGUCGUCAGGCCGUGAGAAACAGCGACUAUGCAAUUGCCAGGUUCAAGUUCCUGGCCAAACUCCUGCUGGUCCACGGGCACUUCUACUACAUUCGAAUAGCUACUCUUGUACAGUACUUUUUCUACAAGAAUGUGUGUUUUAUCACGCCGCAGUUUUUAUACCAGUUCUUCUGUUUGUUUUCACAACAAACUCUGUACGACAGUGUUUAUCUGACACUGUACAACAUCUGCUUCACCUCGCUGCCAAUCCUUGUGUACAGUCUGUUUGAACAGCUGGUCCAUCCGCAUGUAUUGCAGAACAAACCUGGCCUGUACAGAGAUAUUAGCAAGAACUCUCUGCUCUCUUUCCGGACCUUCUUGUACUGGACUGUUUUGGGUUUCUGUCACGCCUUUGUCUUCUUCUUUGGAUCCUACAUACUAAUGGGAGAGGACACCACACUUAUGGGCAAUGGACAGAUGUUUGGGAACUGGACAUUUGGAACACUGGUCUUUACUGUCAUGGUCAUCACUGUGACGUUAAAGCUUGCAUUAGAGACUCAUUUUUGGACGUGGAUGAACCAUUUUGUGACAUGGGGCUCAAUUGCCUUCUAUUUCAUCUUCUCUCUCUUCUAUGGAGGCAUCAUCUGGCCAUUCCUGCACACCCAGGACAUGUACUUCGUCUUUGUGCAGCUGCUGUCCAGCGGUUCAGCCUGGUUCGCCAUUAUCAUCAUCGUCAUAACUUGCCUCUUUCCUGAUGUGUUGAAGAAGGUCUUGUACAGACACCUGCAGCCCACCAGCACACAGACGAGUCAGUCUAUACCAGCCUCCCAGGCGCAGAACCUCAGCUGCAUGGAAUCCCUGUGCUGCUACCAACAUGGGGAGAGCGGCUGUACCCGCCUGGCCCGCCUCCUGGAGCAAAUGACUGGACACUGCAAGGCCAGCGCCAACAAUUGUCACACAUCCAGCCGCAACAACAGGUCUUGGAGCGACACAGAGAACUUGUACUCCAACGAUCGCAGCAUCCUGACGCUGUCGCCCAUCGAGGCCACCCACUGCUGACUCCCGGGGCCGCUGACUGUAGCACAGGGGGCCGGGGGGAGAGCCACUGCUCCAUUAUGAGUCAUAAUCACACCCCCUGCAACCUCAGCCACCAUUUUCAAAACAAUUUCAUUUUAAACUCUAUUAAUUCCCAGCAGGAUGCAGCACUGCUACAAAUGGGAUAAGGAUCCAAAGAACUCGUUUGAGUCUAUGCUGAGAGGAAUGUCAGAUGGGAGUGAAAACUCUGAAGGAAAUGGAACAUGUGGUGCGAGCCAUCCGUGCAGCUACGUUUACGCUCGAAGAUCCGGUCUGUGUCUGAGCUGUAAAAUGCCUGGAUUCCUGCUGCUUCUGCUAGCAGCAGAUCUACAAGUCCCUCAAACUGGAAAACACCCUCAAUAAAAUCAGUUUUUAGUCACGUGAGCUCUUCUGGGGCCUUUUCCUGACUGAGUAUGCUUUUUGCUGCGAGUGUCAAAGCGAGCAUCAGUCAAAGCAGCAAUGAAAUCCAGAGGAUUUGUCAAGUCGACAGCAAGCCAGGAUCAUAAACGUAGCUCAACAUCCUGUUGCUUCCAUAAACUGCUACAAAAACUCUUCAUUCAGACCUCCCACCACAGCCCUGCAGCAUCCAGAACAUGAAGCCUCAUCUCUACCGCGGUACCAAAGACCAAAAUGGAUUCCGACUGGAGUUUAAAAGGAAAAGUGUUUAUUUUUUGUGCCUGAUUGUAAAGAAGCUUAUAUUGUUAAAGGAGACUUGUUGUUGUUCAUGCUGCUUUUGUCGUCUGUUCUGGCCUGUUUGCCCCCCCUCCCAGUGCACCACUGUGAAAGAGGCCCGAUGUUUUUAAAAAGCCAUACGUUUUUGAAGAGGUCAGAUUACUGGAGGUACUGCAGAUGGACGCUUGUGGGAGCUUGUUGUUAAAUUUGUUCCCCUCAAAUGCCUUUUGUCACCCAGCCCGGUGACCAGAAGCAUCUCAGCAUUAAAGCCCACGAGGGUCUGGCAGAAUCAUCAAUGUCAGCUGCCUAAAAAUACGUCCGAUUUGACACCAUUAUUUUAUUUAUGCUUUCUCCGGUGAGGCUGUAACGGUGAGAUGCUUUUCCAAACCGUGGCUGAUGCACGUCGACCCAAGACAGCAGAAUGUGUUAAAGUUCAGAGGGGAAAGGAAAAGCAGAGCAUUUGCACAAAUCACAUAUCAAAAUUAUUUUGCUGGGUUUCUUUUUUUUUUUUUCAUUGGGAAAAGUCAUUGUCACCGUUCACAUCUGAAACCAUUUGAAUCACAUUUUUUGCUGUUACGUUGUUAUUUUAUUACCCCCCCAUGUGUGUUUGUCUCCACCUGCUGUUGGAGGGGUGUGUGUGGUUUUUGUUUUGUUUGUUUUUUGUUUUUUUUCCUCUGUUGGUUGAAGGAGGUACAGUCCAUCAUAGCUGUUUGUACGUAUUUGAAUGAUCUCAGCGGCCACCCGGCGCUACCACUUUUACUCAUAUCAGCGUAUCUGCAAGCAGGAUGUUGGUGUGAUAUUAGAUACUUAACAGGGCCAAAAAGGAUGUUUCACUAAGAUCACUAUCACACUGUUGCUCCACAUUUUACACAGUUGACGAGUUGACCUCAUAUCUGCUAAUAAAAUAUCUGCCUUGAUGCACCGCUGGGCUCACAGUGGAUAAAGGAAACUAUAACUUAAUGCAGUUUUAUAGAAGUAUUCAAUAGAUUACAAAGUUUCUGUGAACACAGUUGUGUUAUUCCACCGUGUGCGCGCGCGUGUCGUGUUAAACUUGAUCUUGAUUUAACAGAAAGUCUUAGUCAUGACCUCUGAGCGUGGAGCUGGAAAGACCAGGAUGUAGCCAGCAGAGCAAGAUGCAAGCAAGUUGCAUUAUGGGAGCCGUAGGAACCACUUAAAGCCAGGAUAUCCAUGCCUCUGCAGUGUUUUACUGGGACUCCUUUGUCUGGCUGCUUUUUGAACUCAAUGUGGAUGUUUGAUCCACCAUCAUCCCUUUAAUACCUUUUAAAAAGGGACUAAAAUAUUCUGAUUUACUUUAGUUUCCUUUUUUUAAAACUAGGAGAUGGCUUUAAAAACACUUGGAGGCUCGCACAGCGGCAUCUUUUCCCUGACCCUCCACGUCUUUCCAGCUCCACGACCCUCUUCCUGUAACACGCAUUCAGUUGAUCUCAUGUCAAAACAUUCCCUCUGUGUGAGAUCUUGUAAGAGCCAGUGCACAUCACAACUUGAAACAUUGUUUGCUGCACACACUAGCACAGGACUGAUGUUUUAAAAUAGACAUGAAAACGUCCUUUAAUGCUGGGGAAACAGCCCACAUGACAGCGAGCUGAGGUAGCCGCGUGGGUGACGUUACGACAUUCGUUUUUGUUCAACCUGUACACUCGUGUGAAGCAAUAAUCAUCAUUGUCACGAUAUGAGUCUGCUAAAAGGUCAGGUGAUGUCAUCACUGACCCCACCUCCCGACACCACAUCGACCCAGAUAACAGAGCGACCACUGAGCUCGGCGUUUGGGGGCAUCAGCACUGCACACUGCAGUUUCUGCAUGAUAUUUUGGAGCAGAUGGCAGGAGGAGGAAACACGAGUCCUUCCUGACCGAAGGCAAGUGACACAAAGCCCAAAACACCUACAGUGUCAGUGCAGUUCUGAUGCCCCCUUGUGCUCAAUGUGGACACCCAUAGUGUCCAAAAUAAUGCUGUCACAUGUUGGAGGUGGUGGUUACGUGGCUCCAAAACAGCCUCCCUUUUCAAAGUAGCAGAGUUGAUUACAUAACCGUCUGUUAGACUGAAACAAAAGUAAUAAUAGCUCGAAAUUUAUUCUCCACACUCCACCACAGCCGUCACCUAGGAAAUAUUUUUAAUUAAUGUAAUCCACUACUAAGUGGCACCAAAGUGAUCUUUUCACGGCUGUUUUCUGUGCCCCGGGUUCCAAACAGCCGUGAAAAGAGCUUGUGUGAAAACACGGACCAGAUCCUAUAAAGCACUAAGCACUGACGUCAUCCGGAGGCCUUGUAUCUGAGUUCAGAUACAAGGCCUGGAGGGGUUUUGUAGAAGCAGAUGAUUACUCAUUCACAUAACUCAGUGGUGACUUAAUAUUUCAUCACGCCUCGAGCCCCCGUGAUCUUCACGUCCAAAUGAGAACAAAUGCUGUCAGGAAUACUGGUCGUGUCCGUCCAUUGAGGCCUCAGCACGAGUGGAAAUUGGUACUAAAGAUCAAACCAUUUGUUUAAGUAGAAAAGUAAGAUCAGAGCUGGAGGCUGAUGACUUCAGUGCCAAGAUGCUCUUUCAAAAUAAAAGUUUGCAGACUUGCAUGAAGUUACAAUACCCCCGAUCAUAAAAAGAGGGAGUUCAGAUUGAAAUGUCAGCUGCCAGUGUCGUGCAGCCUGUCACUCGGAGCCCAUCAGAAAGAUGCGGGGAUGCAUGUCAGCGCUCAGUUUGUUGACUUCAUGUUUGUUUCCUCCUCAUCAGUAAAUCGUGCUGCACCUGAGCAUUACUACAUAAUUUCUUCUGUUUUCUGAUGCUGUUUGUCUGUCCUCCUCCUGUCUGUAAACCUGUCUUAUAGCUGAAGAUGCUGUUCUAUUUACGAAAUAAAAACAUUUUUAAGAAA